GUUAUUCUGCUAAUAGGAACAGACGUAGCAGGAACCAGUUUCCAACGGUAGGAAAAGACGUAACCAAUAGAAACCAAAUUAAGGAAGUGCGAAAAUAUUUGCGAUACCUGCGAUGGACGACAUAUUCGACGACCCGGAGACGAUGUUCCCGAAGAGGAAGCGCUUCUACCAAGACCCAUGGAUCGAGGCGUCGGUCCUGAACUACGGUCAGCAGGGAAAGGCAAAAUGUCUGAUAGGCCUUGUUUUAAAGGUUGCAGAGCUGCAGGUUGCAGAGCUGCCAGAGUCACACCCGCUGAUGGAGAAUGGGGAGGCAUGGCUUGUUAUCUCAGACAGAAAAGUCUCCAUACCGGCGGUUCUGACCAAGCGAGCAUGGGAGGUGAUGCAAGACAAGGAGGAGCGGGAUGUUGUCUCCGGUCUGGAUGGGUGCACCGUGUGCCUGCAGGUCCACAACCUUGAGUUCCUGUGCGAGGCUGAGUUGGAUAAAAGCAGGUUCAUCUUCACUGUCGAAAAAAUGGCCACUGUGGCUUUUGGGGAAAAGAUUGACGAUUCGGUCCCAUGCUGCACAAGUCUGCCCUCAGUCCAAGAGAAGGUCUACGAAACCUGGCGGUCUGGGACCCUGUAUUGGUCCCCACAGGGAGAGAAUUCCUCCGCCACCACAGACACACAGCCAGUGACUGAUUCAGAACCUGAUUCAGAAGAGAGGGCAGCCGGAGAGCUUGGCGGAGCAUGUGCCAAACUGAACUGACUGCACUCCCACGCGUAAGAGAAGGGGAUAUGCACAUCCGAUGCACAUCCAUGCCUUCAGCUGGGAGCAGGACCAGUAAAAAUACCGGACGCCCACUACUCCACUCCUGAGGAAGGCCCCUGCAGACUGAAGUGUUCUCUCGUCUGCAUGAGCUUAAGUUCUGUGCUUUAUUUCAAAUCCUUGUUUUCUGUUGGUUUAACACUCCUCAGGGGCU